AUGGCGGGAGCGACAAUCCUCGAGAACGGUCAGCACAAGACACCUCGCCCUCGCGUCGACUUCCCUCUACCUCAAGAACUCCAAGACAUCAUCUACGACUUCCUUCCCGGAGGAGAAACCACCAACUACAUCCCCACACCCGACCGCGCCGUGGCGAUACACCAGUCGGUCCGACUUUCGAGCACAGCUCCUCGGUACUACUUCCAUAGUGCUAUACUAGGCGUCAACAAGACUAUCGGACGAGAAGCCGAGGAAUCCCUCUACAACAAGAACGGCCUUGUCCUGGUUACUAUAGAAGAUGUCAAUGCAGCCGCAGUUCUUCAUGCCAGCGAUGUGCCUGUGGUGUACGAAGGUCGAGUUGGCGAAACGAAGAGAUAUGCUUUCACGAUUAAUAUCGCCUGGACUCGAUCUCGUGUUAACUGGACAUCAUCAGAAGGGGGUUCGGACCGAGAGCAAUACACAUGUACCAUGCUCCUGCAAGAUUUGCCGCGAUUGUUCAAGAUGCUGCGUAUGCAAUGUCAGUACACGGCGGCGAAGUGCACAUAUGUCUGUUCAGAACCGGGCGAGGAUCUCUUGCUGAAGUCCAAUGCUCGCGAUGGUGACGAGGAACACACGAGCUCCCCGAGGAUCGAGAUCAACCGUGUAGCUGAUCACCCCGUCUCGAAGAAGAUGCAAACGGUGUUUCUGGAAGCUCUAGGAGAGGCGGUUGGAGCUGGCUACGAUAUGAGCAUCCGAGGCUUUGCAGAUGAAGUCGCGGUCCAGAAAGUCAAGGAUGAUAUCUCUCCCAAGCUGGUCUGGCGCCAUCUGUACGCUCUCGAGCGUCUCGACAUUCUCUUCGAGUUGAAGAAAGGCGCGGACACCCUUGCGCGGGCAGGAUCCUUCCCUGCCGCUAUAUCUCGUAACAUCGAGAUUCUCAAUACCGGUAUUGGCCGGGCUACUCCCGCGCCUCUCCAGGAUCGCGUCAACGGGACCAUUGCAUACACCAUUCACCGUACUCGUGCGGAGCUCCUGAUUCUCGACAUCUCACGUGGUCUUGUUUGGAUCUAUCUCCAGUUGCAUAGGGUAGAUUUGGCACAAGAGCUGAUUGUGUAUGCCAUCGCAGCUCAGGGGACUUUUCGCACUGUAGAGGUCCAACUCGACUUGGCGCACGCGGAUUUGCUGAUACUGACUUUGAAUGCUGCUAGGAUCGAGGACGCCACUCAGACUGCGUUGCGGGACAUGGUGCAUACGCUCAAUCAGGUGAGCGCGGUGUUGCUUCCGCAGGACGUCCUACAUGAUCUCAACGAGGUCAAGAGAGCGCUGGCGAAGAUGGAUAAGGAGGGUGGUCGUUUUGAGCUGGAUCUUGCGGGGCUCAGUAUCGCGACGAUGCCUACCAGGUGCUUCAACUCGAACAUCAGGGACUUCGUCACGAUGCCUGCGCGGACCGCAGAGGACACUGGCCUACAGGAUCUGGAGCAUCUUCGCAGACUGACUGAUGAGGAGAAGAAGGUGAUUGUGGAGUACCAGAAGAAGAAUGGGUUGCUUGUCAGCAAGUUCUUGUGA